AUGCCCGCCGUUUUCCAUAGGCAUCCCUCCAUCUACGGCAAUGACCCGAUUUGGAAUACAACAGAUCGUACGGUCGUUGCGGAAGACGGAGGAUUCAUCUACACAGGAAGCCGCCGCCCACGAGAUAUUCGACUAUUCUACUGCGCCUCUCAGCAGCGCCACCGAAAUCAGAUUGCUCAGCUUCCCCGACUUGGACAACGUGAUGUUCUUAAGUGCAAGCUGAGCACCUUCGAUAUCAACAAAGCACCGCCCUUCGCAACUCUCUCAUACGUCUGGUACAACCCUCGCCUCAAGUCAAGUGUCAGUGUGCCUUGUGGCGAUGGGAAUCAAGCAUUAUCCGUUCUCGGCAAUCUCUACGAUGCGCUGAAACAUCUGGUGCAGCAGUCCACCUCUGCAUUUAGGGUAUCAGUUCUAACCUACCUCUGGGCCGAUGCCAUGUGCAUCGAUCAAUCUAAUUUGGCCGAACGUGCGGCUCAACUCGGCUCGGAUCAGUCUACGGCAAAGGCUUUCUCACUUCUGUCGGACAUGGCAGCCGCUCAGCUAAAGUACGUGGAAGCAGGAGAUCGUCGCACAUUUGCCGAACUGUCGGAUGAAGACACAAGCAGAUACGGAAUGCCUUCCUUGGCUGAUGAUCGAUGUUCUGACCUCCGGUCUCUGCUGGGAACAGGUUGGUUUACGAGGACCUGGAUAAUUCAGGAACUGACUGUAUCAUUCAACCCGCUGUUGGUGUGCAGCACGGAAUGGUUCCCCUGGGAGGUCCUCGACAAGGUCCUGCAAUUUGCAAUAGAGAUAUCAGACCCAUUGGUGUUAUUGGCCGGGCUUUACCAGGCCUAUGAUCUCAAUCAUAUACGGACCAAGAUACAAGCCGGUGACUCACCAGAUAUACUGGAGCUCCUGUCCUUUGCCCAACGAUUUGAUGCCACUGAUGCCCGUGACAAGGUCUUCGCUUUGGUAGGCCUUGCAAACAAUCAUUAUACAGCUGCUCAGCAUGUGCAUCCAGAUUACUCAAAGUCUACCCAGGACGUGUUCCUUGCUACAGCUUUUGAGCUCCUGCUAUUCGACUACGAGAACUACCAAGACAUGACGCUCUUGCGGCUGAGCCGGAAGUCUUCGAAGCAGACCUUGCCGAACUUGCCAUCGUGGGUCCCUGAUUGGGCGCUGGGCCAAAAGUCCAUGUCAGUGUCAGACUUGAUAAAUUCAAACGUCUCUUCCAGUCAGAAUAUCAACGAGCAUGAUCAACAGAUUCGCAGUACCUUUAAAGCGGCUGCUGAAUCCGACUCACCAGGGGAAGCGCAAAAGCCCGUGCUCUCGCCAGACGGUCUGAGACUACGGCUCUUCGGCUACCCGAUUGCGCAGGUAACGCGCACAGGACCAAUCUAUGAGAAUGUUCGGGGACAGGGCUGGCUGGCUGCCCUGUUUGUGCCCCAGAGGCUUCACGCAGCCUUGAACGAAUGGAUGAAGAUGUGUGAGACCGAUACCACUGCGAAGCCAGCUGAUAGUGUAGAUAUCCUGCGGAAUGCUCUCACUGUAGAGCUUCUAGUUCAUGCCGACGACGCAUGUGGCAUUUGUGCGGCAAGGCGACACGAUUUAGACGUGUGGUGUAGACUACGGCAACGCUUUCUCCAUCUGCCGGCGUUCAGCGUGUUGUCUCCAUUACGUAUGCUGAUGGUGAGCUGGAAAACAAUGGGGCUGACAGAUUCUCCAAGCUCGCAGGAUGCGAUAGGCUCAUACUGGAGGACAUGGACACUUCUCAAUACUCUACUCCUUGGACGCCGCAUGUUCCGUACUGCCAAAGGAGAGAUAGGCUUGGGCCCGCCAUUGUGUCGGAAGGGAGAUUACAUAUUCGUCGUCGCGGGCUGCAGAGUGCCGCUUAUAUUGCGGAGAGCCGAGGGUUCUGGCUUUUGGGAAUAUAUUGGCGAUUGCUAUAUGGACGGUGUGAUGCAAGGUGAGCAGUUCAGACGGCAGGAUUGCGAGGAGUUAUGGCUUGUUUAA